UCCCCUGCCCUGUGACAAUGUUUCCAGGCAUUCCGCUGCUUCUCCUUUAUUUCCUUUACCCGCCCCCAGCAAUCAGGCAGCAAACUGACAGAGUAAUGUCAAAGAAAGAGGAAAGCCCCAAACCUCCGCACCCUUACCGGACAUCGGUUGAGCAACUUCUAAAAUGCUACGGGUCAGAUAAAUACAGAAAAUUCCGGAAGCCUGAAUCUAAACAUGUGAUAAGUCGCACAUACAGUGACUCCAGUACUCUGAGCCAUCAGUCUGUACCCCGCCACUUAGAACAACGCCCCCGACCCCAGACCUGUGCGGCGUGCAGGGCCUGCAUGUCCUCAAGUGUCACCGACUCCAUGCCGGAAGUCCUUAAGAUGCAACCUUUAGGCCGGACGCACCACCUUCCGUACCACUGUGCAAAAACCAACACAAAGAGGCCAACAGCAAGACACAAAACCCGGACGCGGGGUGAGGCUCCUGCCCUGCUGCAGCUUCCACAUUCCAAAAAACUGAUGCCAUGUAAUGGGAAGAGGUCUAGCAGCCUGCAAAGCCGUGCAUCAUCUUGUAGCUCCAGGUUGUCAGAAGAGAGGGUGGCCACCUCACCGUGUCUCCCCGCACUACCUCAGUCCGGUUUCCUCUCUACACAUGCUGGUAACAGUGGUGGCAGACAUAGCAGUACAUAUCAUCCUGAUCAAGAGCUAAGGCAAUGGAUUGUAGAGUUUGGAGGCGACGAGCAGGCAGCAUUCAUGGCAAGAGGACUUCAGAAGUUACAGCUGGCAUACGAGGCGGGCAAAGCGGAAAUAUACCGAUCAGCUCACUGUAAACCCAUUACCAACGAGUGCUAAUAGCAGAUUCAUCAUCCAUCAUACCAUCAAGCAGAUUCUUGCCAGCAAUAUUACGGUCGGAUUUCUCUCUGUUGGGUGGGGGUCUCGAUUCUUCUUAAAGGCAAUGUAUCAUCUGAAAAUUACCAAUUAUUAUUUAAAUCGUUUUGCAUUAAAGAUAUUUAAAAAAUAAAACCUGAUCAAUGCCACAGA